CGCCCCUCCCUGGGCCGGGACAUGAGGGAGGAGGCGCCGCCCGGCCCGACAGAGCAGCAUGGGGCUCGCCCCCCUCCUCGCCCUCUUCCUCUGGAGCCGGGCCCUGGGUAACGACAUUCUGGGGCUGAAGCUGCCGAGCGGCCCUGACCUGACCCCCAACACGGUGUGCCUGACCCUGCCGGGGCUCAGCAAGCGCCAGAUGGGGCUAUGCGUGCGCAGCCCCGACGCGGCCGCCUCGGCCCUGCAGGGCAUCCAGGUCGCCAUCCAGGAGUGUCAGCAUCAGCUGCGGGACCAGCGCUGGAACUGUUCCAGCCUGGAGCGGGCGGGCCAGGUGCUGCAGGACAGCGCCAUCCUCAAGAGAGGCUUCCGGGAAAGCGCCUUCGCCUUCUCCCUGCUGGCGGCCGGCGUGAUGCACUCGGUGGCCACGGCCUGUAGCCUGGGCAAGCUGCAGGGCUGCGGCUGCUCCUGGCGGGAGCGCGGCGGCCCGGAGAAGCGCCAGCUGAAGCUGAGCCAGCUGCAGGCGCUGUCCCGGGGCAAGGGCCUCCCCCCUCAGCUGGCCUCGCUCCUGGGCGAGCCCAGCCCGCAGGACACCUGGCAGUGGGGCGGCUGCGGACCCGACAUCGGCUUCGGGGAGCGCUUCUCCCGGGACUUUCUGGACCCUCGGGAGGCGCCACGUGACAUCCAGGCCCGGAUGAGGGUCCACAACAACUGGGUGGGCAGACAGGUGGUGGCGGAGAACAUGAAGCGCACGUGCAAGUGCCACGGCCCGUCGGGCAGCUGCCAGUUCCGCACCUGCUGGCCGGCGGCGCCCGAGUUCCGGCUGGUGGGCGCGGUGCUGCGGGAGCGGCUGCAGCGGGCCGCCUUCAUCAGCGCCCGCAACCGCAACAGCGGCGUCUUCGGCCCGCGCCGCCUGGCCCGCCAGCUGGUCUACUUCGAGCCCUCGCCCGACUUCUGCGAGCGCGACCCGGCCCUCGGCUCGCCCGGCACCCACGGCCGCGCCUGCAACCGCAGCAGCCCCCGCGCCGACGGCUGCGCCAGCCUCUGCUGCGGGCGGGGCCACAACCUCCUGCGCCAGACCCGCGGCGAACGCUGCCGCUGCCGCUUCCAGUGGUGCUGCGCCGUGCGCUGCGAGGAGUGCCGGCUCGGCGCCUGGCUCAGCGUCUGCAAGUGAGGGGGGCCGGCCCCCCGCGCGCCCCGGAGGGGCUCCCCCGGGAGCGGCUCCGCGGCCGGAGAGAGGCGGUGGAAAGCCUGAGCCCCUGGGGCUCUGUGGG